AUGGCUGUCAUGGCAGUUCUCGUUCUGGCCCUAGGCUUGUUCUGUCGCCUGAGCGUCCAGCAAAUAGAUACGACGUACACGCAGGGCAAGAAUGGCGUCUUUUGGAUAUAUCCGACCGAGAGCCAGACCUUUAGCACCCUCGACGUCGUCAACGUGUCGUGGCGUGCGCCGUUCAAGAAUCCCAAGCUUUUUACGUUUUGUAUAGAAAAAGACGUCGUCUCACAACAAAAGGCGACAAAUGCAAACGAUCCAGGUGACGGCUGGCUGCUGGUCAAGCUCGACUUUACCGCGCCCGAGGCCUGCUGGUUCAACCUGCGGCCGGGCGACGACGCUCAGGGCGGCGCCAACAGCCCGCGCUUUGGCAUUAGGGACAACCCGAGGCCGCAGCUGACCACGAUCGGAAUCACGCCCACUCCCGAGCCGACCAGCGCCGGAGCGUCGUCCACUUCCUUGUCGACGCUCUCGACGGUGACGACGACCAGCGCGGCGGCGCCCAGCUCCUCCACCACGAACGGCACCCCUGCAGCAGGCACGCCACAGGGCGCCUCGGGCAGCGCGACCAACGACGGCGGCGGCGGCAGCAGCAGCAGCAGCAGCAGCAGCAGCAGCAGCUCGGACGGCCUCUCUGUCGGCGCCAAGGCCGGCAUCGGCAUCGGCGCGGCGAUCGGCGCCAUCGCGCUGCUCGUGUUGGUCUUUUUCCUGGGACGGCGGUCGUCGCGACACGGUUCCGACGCCGUCGCGGCGAGCCCGCCGACGCAGCCGAGCGAACUCCACAACAACACGCCCUCGGUGGCGCACUCGCAGCCGGCGACGGGCUACGGGGACGGGUGGACGCCGACGUACGAGGCCGAGUCCAAGACGCCCGUGACCUCGGUUGGGUACUACCACCCGCAGCAGCCGCCGAUGGCGCAUGCGCACCAGGCUGGCUCGCCCACGACGGCGACGUCGGAGCUCGGCACCGUGCACAACGCGGCCGAGCUGGCGGGCCAAUUGCCGCAUGAUCGGGCGGCCGAGCUGUCGCUCAACACGCCGCCGAACCGGACUGUUGAGAACCAAAAAUUCAUUCCUUGA